AUGCCUACGAAUUAUGUUGUAAUCUUUAAAGACUCGGCCACCACUGAGCAGAUCAAUGCCUACGUUGAACAGAUCAAUGCAAAUGGUGGAACUGUCAUCAACAGGUUCCCCGACAUGAUCGCUAGAGGAUUCACAGCCUCUAUAGCAGAUUCAGACUUCCAAAAGUUUCAGUCAGACCCUCUGAUUGAUCGUGUCACACCUGAUACCUCCAACUAA